AUUUUGGCAGAGAUUGAAUUAUUUUACCUAUUACCACAUCAGAGACGUUGGCAUACAUGGUUUCCUGAAGUAAUACAUUAUUAUGCUGAUACUGAUAAGACUCGAAUAGAAAUUGAAAGAUUGAUUGAAGAGGGUGAAUGGGAUGCUAAGGAAUUCACUGAGAUGCGAGAAAAUUUAUUAAAAGAACUUCAAAUUAAACAUAAUCCUAUUGACAAUGAGGUAAUAUUGGAGAAAUUAAAAUCUAAUGAUGAAAAAUUGGAGAAAUUAAAAUCCAAUGAUGAAAUAUUGGAGAAAUUAAAAUCUAAUGAUGAAAUAUUGAAGAAAUUAAAAUCUAAUGAUGAAAAAUUAGAGAAUUUAGAAAAGAAAUUGGAAAAAUUAGGGAAAUUAUUAGAAGAAAUACAUGCAAAAUAA